GUCUUCCAUUGCGUAACCAGCUGGACCCGCUGAAUAUUCUACUCUUUGUAACCUGUUGCAUUUAUUAACUUUAGAUACUUAUUUGUACCAUGUCAUUCCUGCGCAAAUCAGUCAAACUGUUGCAUGCAGCGGGGAAGCGGCAGCAAAAUCUCAAAGCGGUUGUUGGUUCCACAUUGCGGCAGCAGCGGCCGUACAGCUCAGAGCCGUCAAAUGAUUACGCCAAUUUCCCGGGAGCCAAGGCGCCCUUUGUCAGUAAAUUGAAGCUGAAUAUGCCAGAAGACUAUGCGCCCAUUCCCAUCUACCGCGUCAUGGAUCAGGAUGGCUUCAUUGCCGAUUACACACAAGAUCCCCAGCUUGGACGGGACGUGGUGGAGAAGAUGUUCCGCGACAUGCUGCUGCUGAAUACCAUGGACAAGAUCCUGUAUGAAUCGCAGCGCCAGGGACGCAUAUCCUUCUACAUGACCAAUUUUGGGGAGGAAGCCUCCCACAUUGGCAGUGCGGCCGCCCUGGAGAUGAGGGAUCUCAUCUAUGGCCAAUAUCGCGAGGCGGGCGUGCUGGUAUGGCGUGGCUUCCGCAUUGAUCAGUUCAUCGAUCAGUGCUACGGCAACGUCGAUGACUUGGGUCGUGGCAAGCAAAUGCCCGUCCAUUAUGGCUCCAAAGAGCUCAAUUUUGUCACCAUCUCCAGUCCGCUGUCCACUCAAAUGCCACAGGCUGUGGGCGCUGCCUAUGCGAUGAAGAUGCGACCGAACAACGACGCCUGCGUCGUCUGCUACUUUGGCGAGGGCGCAGCUUCGGAGGGAGAUGCUCAUGCGGCUUUCAAUUUCGCGGCCACACUGAGUUGCCCCGUGAUUCUGUUCUGUCGCAACAAUGGCUUUGCCAUAUCGACGCCCUCCUACGAGCAAUACCGCGGCGAUGGCAUUGCUGGUCGUGGUCCCAUGGGCUAUGGCAUCGCCACCAUUCGCGUGGAUGGCACCGAUGUCUUUGCCGUGUACAAUGCCAUGAAGGUGGCGCGCGAGUAUGUGCUGCGUGAGAACAAGCCGGUGGUGUUUGAGGCCUUGGCCUACCGCGUGGGACAUCACUCCACCUCGGACGACAGUACAGCCUACCGUUCAGCAGAUGAGAUCGAGGUUUGGAACUCCGUCGAGCAUCCGAUCUCGAAGCUAAAGCGCUACAUGGUGCACAAGGGCUGGUUCGAUGAGGCCGAGGAAACGGCGUACAUCAAGGAGGUGCGCACGAAGGUGCUCAAGCAGAUUGCCGUGUCCGAGAAGAAGCUGAAGCCCAACUGGAAGGAGAUGUUCGAGGGCGUGUACGCCGAGAUGCCGCAGCAUUUGGUGGAGCAGCAGCGCGAGCUGCAGCAGCACAUAGAGGCGCACAAGGAUAGCUAUCCGCUGAAGGACUUUAAGCAGUAGAACUGCCAAACGAAAUGAAAACCGAGAGACUCCAACGAAAGUG